AUGGCAGGUGGCAGUCCAGCAGCCAAGAGGGUAGUGGUGUCCGGGAAUGGGGACCCCUUCUCCCCAGGCCACCAGCUGGUGGUGACUCAACACUGCUUCCCCACCCUGGAGACCUUCCUCUGUGAUGUGACAUCGGCUGUGCAGGCCCCACUGGCCGUGCGUGCUCUCUACACGCCUUGUCAUGGCCACCCUGUCACUGACCUGGCAGACCUGCAGAACAGAGGGCAGUAUGUGGCUGCUGGCUUUGAACGAUUCCGCGAGUUCCCCUCUUUAUACCCUAGAGGGGAGGAUCCAGGUGGGAAGAGCAGCAGACUACCUGGCCCUCCUGUGAUUCAGCAGCCAUGUGAUGGGGCCCUUGGACAGCGGCUACCUGCAGGUUCCCCCUGCUGUAUCCAUGUGUUCAGGAAUGGGGACCUGUUAAGCCCCCCAUUUAGCCUGAAGCUGUCCCAGGCUGCCAGCACGGACUGGGAAGCAGUGUUGAAACUCCUGACUGAGAAGGUGAAAUUACAGAGCGGGGCUGUGCGCAAACUCUGCACCCUGGAUGGGCUCCCACUGUCAGCAAGGGAGGCUCUGGUGAGUGGCCAUUACUAUGUGGCUGUCGGAGAGGGGUUCAAGGCCCUCCCCUAUCUGGUGCCUCGUCCCUCACUGCCCAGGGGCUGCUGGCAACCCCCAGACCCAAAGUCCAGGCUCCACAGCAGGGGGCAGGUGAGGCAGGGGGCCGAUGGCCACAGAGCACAGGCAACCCAGUCCUCUCCAAAGGAAGCCAGGCAAAUUGAGCCAUCUGCUUUUUAUGCCAGCCCCCAGCAAGCUUUUCAGCAUGCUCUCCACUCUCUUGAGGGGACCCAAGAAUCCAAGGGAGUGUAUGGGGCUCCCCAUGCAAGGAUGGAGACAGCACGGGCCCAGGGAGUAGCACAUGAUGAAGCCACCUGGACAGAGGCACCCCUGGAUCAGAGGGCAGCACAGGUAGUGGAAGAGGCCCUGAUCCUGGAAAGCCGGCGAGCUGGGGCAGCUCUCUCGGCCUUGGGCCCUGCUCUGCCAUCUUGAGAGCCAGCAGCUGCAGCCAGGAACUGGGGACCGCCACUCUGCGGCCACCAUUUAUCCUCAGCCUCCAGCGGCCGGUUCUCAAGGAAGCAGGGCCUCCCCUAGGCUCACAGGGUGCGCUGCAGCCCCUCUUC